UGAUCGCAGAUUAAAGCGCGCUCUCGAAUCCAGCAGCUCUUCUCGCGCUGCUCAGGACCCCCUCUAAGGUUUUUAAAUUUCCCACUCCAGUUCGUGUCACAUCCGGUUCAGCACCACUGCUUGGCCCCGCUUCUCAAAUUUCCUGCCCACACCUACUCUCUCGUAUUAACCAGCCAAGUUUGUCUAGUGAUGAAGUAAUAUUUUCGCCGCUUUCCUGCUCAUCCCCACAUUCGCGGUCGGAACGCCGGUCCAGCAGCACAGAGGACGAGGAGGCGUCGAGAAGCGGACAUGAGAUAAAUAUGCAAAGAGGCGGCUCCGCAAACCAUUCCAGUCUCAUUUUUUCCAUUAUUUUGGCGCUGAAUUAAAUACAUACGUUCAUUCAAGAGGAGCGUCUGAUAGAGAGCCGGACAGCAGCACAGAAAGCAGCUCUGCAUGUGAUAUCCUCGGAUCAGGUGGCAUCGGCGGCAGAAGAUGCAGCCCGCGAGCAAGCUCCUGAGUCUCACCCUCCUGGUACUGAUGGGCACUGAACUCACUCAAGUGCUGCCUGCUAACCCAGAGGACUCGUGGCAGGUGUACAGCUCAGCUCAAGACAGUGAGGGCAGGUGUGUGUGCACUGUUGUGGCUCCUCAGCAGACCAUGUGUUCACGGGAUGCCAGGACCAAACAACUGAGACAGCUCCUGGAAAAAGUCCAGAAUAUGACUCAGUCCAUCCAGAAUCUUGACCAGAGGACCCAGAAAGACCUGCAGUAUGUGCAAAGAAUGGAGGUGCAGUUGAGAGGCCUGGAAUCCAAGUUCAAACAGGUGGAGGAAAGCCACAAGCAGAAUAUCGCCAAGCAAUACAAGGCCAUAAAAGCGAAAAUGGAGGAACUUAGGCCAAUGAUACCAGUGUUGGAGGAAUACAAGGCCGAUGCAAAAUUGGUAAUGCAGUUUAAAGAGGAGGUCAAGAAUCUGACAUCAGUGCUAAGUGAACUGCAGGAGGAGAUCGGGGCCUUUGACUACGAGGAGCUUCACAACAGGGUGUCUAAUCUUGAGGAGAGGCUUCGUGCAUGCAUGCAAAAAUUAGCUUGUGGGAAGCUGACAGGGAUAAGUGAUGCUAUAACCAUGAAAACAUCUGGAUCAAGAUAUGGAUCCUGGAUGACUGAUCCGCUUGCCCCUGACGGUGAUACGCGGGUGUGGUACAUGGACGGUUACCACAACAACCGCUUUGUCCGGGAAUACAAGUCAAUGGUCGACUUCAUGUAUUCGGACAACUUCACCUCACACCGGCUUCCUCACCCCUGGUCGGGCACAGGACAGGUGGUCUACAAUGGCUCCAUCUACUUCAAUAAGUUCCAAAGUAACACCAUCAUCAAAUUUGACUUCAAGACAGCCACCAUCAGCAAGUCCGGUCAGCUGGACUACGCCGGCUACAACAACCGUUACCACUAUUCCUGGGGUGGUCACUCCGACAUUGACCUCAUGGUGGACGAAGGUGGGCUUUGGGCCAUCUAUGCCACCAAUCAAAACGCAGGGAACAUUGUCAUCAGCAAGAUCAACCCACUGACCCUGCAGGUCAUCAAAAGCUACACCACCAACCACCCAAAGAGGAGCGCUGGUGAGGCCUUCAUGAUCUGUGGGACACUUUAUGUCACCAACGGAUACUCAGGAGGGACAAAAGUCUACUAUGCUUUCCAUACCAACUCCUCUACUUACGAGUAUAUCGACAUCCCCUUACAGAACAAGUAUUCCCAUAUCUCCAUGCUGGAUUAUAACCCUAGGGACAGAGCUCUUUACGCAUGGAACAAUGGACACCAGGUGCUGUAUAAUGUCACCUUGUUCCACGUCAUUCGCUCUGAGGAACUCUAAAUGACAUUCUUCAUCCCUUUGAGAUAUACAGUAGCACUGAUGAAGUUUAUUACUGAAAAAAAGAGUAAUGCCUGAUGAUUGUUCAAUAAAAGAAGACAUAAAAAUGUAUCAAAAGUAAUAGUUAAUGGCAACAUAAUGAACAGCUGCCAAAAGUCAUUUUUCUUUUGUAAGCUUUCCUUAGAUAAUUGAGAUUGAAAUUUUCACUGCAAAAAAAAAAAAAAAAAAAAAAAAAAAAAUAUAUAUAUAUAUAUAUAUAUAUAUAUAUAUAUAUAUAAUUAUGUAUUUUUCAAUAUACAUGUUAUAUGUUGAAAUAAAUACAUAAUAUAUUAGAAAAAAAAAAAUACUAUAUAUUAUUUGAAAACAAACCCAAUUUCACUUCAAGUAAAUUUAUGUUGUUUUAUGUUUAGGUUUAUUUAGAUAUUUUAACUGCAAAACAAAAACAGUGAUUAAUGAUAAGAUUUUUUACUGUGUUCUUAGUACUUGUACAGCCUUACCAACAUGAAUUAGUUACACAGCGGAGGGCAAAGACAUGUGACGCAAGAAAGAUGUCAUUUAGUUACCCAGUUAUGUCCUUUGUAUCGAGAGCAAUCAAAUCUAUUUAACAUCAACUAAAGAACCGAAGGCACUGACUGUUGGAGGCACUCUGUUAAAGAACUGCAGCGUGUUGUUGUGACUGUAUAUAAUUUCAGAUUUUCGCAGAGAUUUGCAUGAACAUUUUUAGCACUACGAUUCACAUGAUUGUAUUUAUGUUUUCUCGCAGUAAUAUGAACCUUGUAUGUGAAAAAGAGAUUAGAUUAGUGAUGGGUUUGCUAUUCUUCUUGCCAUGUUUCAUUUUUGCUGUAUCUUUUGUUUUGUUUUUUAAUUUGUGUUUAUAAAGUGACUUUUAAAUAGUAGGAUGGAUUGUAAGAAAAAGACGUCAAGCGUAUAUAUGUAUAGAUAUAACUUGUCAGCAAAAAAAAAAGGUAUCAAAAGACAGUGUGAAAAAAAUUAUUUACAAGGUAUUAUUCUUUGAAUGUAUUUCAAGACAGAUCCAUGUGUCAGCUGAUAGAAGAAAUAGAUGGCAUCAUCUAAAACUGUUACGCUUGCAUCCGUGUUGUACUUGCAAUGUGAUUCAUAUCAAUAAAGCCAGUCUUUAUUUUA